AUGAUGAACUCUCCUGACCUCGAUGAGCAAUUAGAAGCCGAUGUAUACAGUAACCUGCCUUCUCAAAAUGAUUCUUCAACAGGGAUAACGACGAGGAGAAAUCGUAGCUCGCUUAGAUCGAAACAUUCAGAGACAGAGCAACGAAGAAGAAGCAAAAUCAAUGAAAGGUUUCAGAGUUUAAUGGAUAUUAUACCUCAAAAUGAUCAUAAACGAGAUAAAGCGUCUUUCUUAUUGGAGGUUAUAGAGUAUAUUCACUUUCUUCAAGAAAAAGUUCAGAUGUAUGAAGGAUCUCACCAAAUGUGGUAUCAAGCCCCAAGCAAAUUGAUUCCAUGGAGAAAUAAUUAUGAGCCUGUUGUGGAGGUCACUGACCACCCUGAGAUCGUUAAAUGCUUGUCAAGUAAUGAUAAAGUUUCUGCUUCUUCCGGGUUUCUCUCGGAUAUGCAAAGACCUGUGGAUCUUUAUGUCGACGACUCAGCAGCUAGAGCUAGUGCCAAGAUUCUCGAACAGAGUCAUGUUUCAGCAGUCUCGUCUUAUGAACUUACCGAGCCUCCGCUGGAGUUUGUUCAGCAUGACUUUUGGCAACCAAAACCAACUAGUGAAUCAAAUGUUUGCAAUACAAAUGAAUCGUUGAACUCGGACGAAAAAGCAUCAGCGAGCUUGUCCACUGUCUGCUCACAAAGGGUACUACACACUCUAACUGAAGCACUUAAGUCAUCGGGUGUCAAUAUGUCAGAGACAAUGAUAUCUGUGCAGUUAAACCUUCGGAAAAGAACAGAUCGCGAGUAUCCUGUCACUGCUUUUGCUUCUGAGGAUAACUGUAAUAGCAUCCCGGAUGAAGAAGGGGAUUUUCCUACUGAAACUAUAAGCUCAUGCAAAGAUUUAGAUCAUUUCCGAAAGAGGACAAGACGAUAA